AUGGCUACCGACGAUGAUUCCUUUAGAACCGAGCUCCGCAACACAAAAGUGCUCGAGGGGCCGUUCCCGGACCUAGACUUUGACCAGUUUCCCGAGAAUCCCCACGAUUCCUUCAAGCUGUGGUUCCGCGAGGCCGUCGCAGCUGGUGUCAGAGAGCCGCAUGCAAUGACCGUUUCUACGGUUGAUGAUCAAGGCCACCCAGACGCCCGAAUUCUCAUACUGAAAAACGUCGACGCUCGUGGCUGGCAAUUCGCUGUGAAAUCCGACAGCCCCAAGGGCAAGCAAUUGGCAAGUACUGGGCACGCGGCGUUGACCUUUUACUGGCCUCAACUUGCCCGACAAGUUCGUCUGCGGGGAAGGGCCGUCGAACUGUCCAAAGAGGAGAGUGCGCUCGACUAUGAAGCUCGGCCUACAGAAUCACGAAUUAGCGCAGUAGCGUCUAAUCAAAGUGAGCUUCUUUCAGACCGUGAUGCGCUGACCCGGAAUCUUGCCGAGACCAGGUUGAAGAUGGCGGAAGAUGCCAUGUCUGGCGUGGAAAAGUGGCGAGUCUUUACUGUUGCAGCCGACAAGGUCGAGUUCUGGCAGGGAGAGGCGAGCCGCCUUCACCACCGGCUCGAGUAUGUGUAUAAUAAAGACGAAGAUGAAUGGCAUAAGCACUUGCUCUGGCCAUGA